AUGCUUAUUCCCCCGUUCCAGCGUGCUAGCACUUGCGCCAACACCCGAUCGGCCUUCCCAGUCGCACACCCCCUCGGUCUGGCACCCCCGUCACUCGUUGCAAGUUCGAAUUCCGUGGAUCAAACACGUCGCCCCUUACUGCAUUUGCUCGCCCUGCACAUCGCAGUCAUCCUACACACUGCUCGCUUCCGCCCUCCCAGCGUAGAUCGGCUGGUGGUCGAACGGGGCCUUCCAGGACUGCUACGGGCAGACAAGCUUCGCCUUGACACUCGAGGCUGCCAACGUCCAAGCAGGCCACAGAAACGUUCGACCAUGGAUCGCGGCGCGCAGAGAAAGCAUCGACCAGACUGGGCUUCUUUCGACGGAGAAUACGACUGA